CGUUCACGGUAUAUCUGUUAAUUUAAAAAUAUUGUUUGAGUCCAAAAAAUGAUAUUGUUCAAAAGUGGUGCUUUACAUAUUUUUACAUUAUUCUUAGUUGUUAUUUUAAUAUUAUUAUGGGAGAUAGGAGAAAUACAAUCUAAAGAAAUUGCUAAAAGGGGUAUUAUGGACAAUAUUAAUAAUGGAAUACGUUUUGCAGGGCAAAUUUUUGGUAUUAAUAAUGCUGCCGAUGUUGCUAAUUUAGUGGCAAAAGCUUUUGCACCUAAAACUUUCCAAAAACCAGAAUAUUCUGCUAAUAACCUUAACACUGCAGAAACUUUAAAUACUGGCGAAACUGAGCAAUCAUAUUCUAUAUAUCAAAAUGCAAAACAAAGCGAAAAUGAAGAUACCGAACCAACGCCCUUAAACACAGGUUUUGUGAUUGCGAAUAUGUUAAAACUAAUGGGUCUAGAUACAGCAAAGUUAGGAGCUUUAGCUCUUAAUAUCAUUAUAGUGAUAGCACAGAUGAUUGGAAGUACUUUUACCCAAAAUCAAAGUUCAAAAAUUCAUUCACCUGAACAACAUUUAGACUUAGAUUCUGGGAGACAAUCGAAAAUAUCAGAUCCAAUAAAUGAUUAUAAAAGCAAUAUUUCGGAUACAGACAAGUUAAAACCUGGUUCACCAUUUGAUUGGAUUUUGGAAAAUCCAUCGGAAGAAUUAAAAAAAUUGCUUCAACAAAUUAGAGAUGAAAAAUUACCAGAAUAUUUUAUUAGUCAAAUAAAUGAGAUAGAAAAGGAAAGUGGAGAAGGAGAUUGUAUUAAAAUUCUAAUUUGCAAAAUUCAACCAUUCUUUUGGAGUAUGCAAAAGCAAGUUAUCAAACGUAUUGAUGGUAUUCAAAAUGAAGAAAAUGAAAGUGAAAAUGAUAACAGAACAGAUGUGUUCUAUAAAUAUUUGCCAACUCUUAACGAUUUCAAAAAACAUGGAGAUUUAUGCGAAAAGAAAUUUCCAAAAUGUAAUUUUUAUGUAAGAUCACGUUAAAACUGGCUUAAAUUUGAUAUUUCAGACAA